AUGGCUACAUUUCCGGAUAGCAAGGCUGCAUGGUCAGUAACAGAGAAACAGGAACCUCUCGAAGUAGGACCAGGUUUGACAGACUACCGGCCUGAACCCAACGAAGUGGUCAUUAAGGUUCACUAUGCCGCCGUCAAUCCAACAGAUUAUGUCAUGCAAGAUGAUCCUUACGUGAAGUUUGAAUACCCAUGGAUUUUCGGUGUCGACGUAGCAGGCGAAAUCUUCCAGCUUGGCUCCGAGGUGACACGAUUUAAAAUCGGGCAAAGAGUUAUCGGCCACUGCGACUCCAUCUUCACGAACCUCGUCACCCACGCCGCAUUUCAAUCUUACACCAUUUGUCGCGAGAUCCUCGUUGCAGAGGUACCCGACGACCUUCCUCUCGCCAACGCCGCCGUCCUUCCACUUUCAGUUUCGACCGCUGCGUCGGCGCUGUUUAUAUCUGAACAGCUCAACCUCCCAUCGCUGGAUCCCAAACCAACCGGAAAGACGGUUAUCAUCUGGGGUGGUAGCUCGUCCACUGGCAGUUCUGCAAUUCAAUUUGCCGUUGCUGCAGGCUACAAAGUUCUCACUACUGCUUCCAGUGCCAACGCCGAGUAUGUCAAAAGCUUAGGCGCAACCUUCGUUUUUGACCAUAAGGACCCAAACGUCGUCAACGAUAUAGUAGCGGUUUUCAAAACAGAAACGCUCGGUGGGUUCGUGGAUUCCGUUUCCCUUGAGGACAGCCAGCUUCAUUGUGCAAAUAUCUUGAGUAAGCUAGGUGGCGGCAAGCUGUCAGUACAACGACAACCCAUUCAGGGGGCCCCAGAGAACGUAGAAUUUGGAUGGGUGAAUAGUCUUGCCCCCGGCCUCGUCAGGCUUGAUAUCGGCGACGCCAUUUGGCGAAAAUUCCUUCCACAAGCUCUUGCGGCUGGCAAGUUUCAGGCAAAGCCCGAUCCAUUUGUUCUCGAGGGGUUGGAUAAUGUGCAAACAGGCAUCGACAUAGUGCGAAAGGGUGUCUCUGCGAAGAAGGUUGUCAUUCAUGUUAAUCACGUUUAA